GAGGGGGGGUUUUAGCGCUCGGAUGCCUGGGUUCUCCAGGCCCCUCGGCGGAAGUGAGGUUGGAACCCAGGCGUCACGGCUCCUAGACUCGCCCCUCCUCCUCCAGAGAACCCAGGGGUCUGGGGUGCCCGAAGUCAUGUGACGGGGCCUGCCGCGGCUUCCGGAAGGGUGAGCUGCUAGGGGAGUGACCCAGUCUGUACUAGUAUGGAUCAGUACAUCAUACUGGGUCGGAUCGGUGAGGGCGCCCAUGGAAUCGUUUUCAAGGCCAAGAACAUUGAGGUGAUUUCCCGCCCUCCCGGCCUGGAUGCCUGGGUUCUGUGGAAGGGGAAUGGGGAUUUGCGGACAGGAGAGACAGUGGCACUGAAGAAGGUGGCGCUGCGGCGGCUAGAAGAUGGGAUCCCUAACCAGGCCCUGCGGGAGAUCAAGGCCCUGCAGGAGACCCACGACAGCCCCCAUGUGGUGCAGCUGCAUGCCAUGUUCCCACAUGGGCCAGGCUUCGUGCUGGCCUUUGAGUUCCUGCUGUCGGACUUGGGUACAGUGCUGCGGGCACCUGGGCCUCUGCCCCCUGCCCAGGCCAAGGCCUUUGCCCUCAUGCUGCUGCAAGGCAUUGCACACUGCCACAGCCAUCGCAUCGUGCACCGUGACCUGAAACCAGCCAAUCUUCUGAUCAGUGCUUCCGGGCAGCUGAAGAUUGCAGACUUUGGUCUGGCCCGAGUCCUGGCCCCUGAAUCCCAGCGCCCCUACAGCCACCAGGUGGCCACACGGUGGUAUCGUGCCCCAGAGCUGCUGUAUGGUGCCCGCCACUAUGAUGAAGGUGUUGACCUCUGGGCAGUGGGCUGCAUCGUUGGGGAGCUGCUGACGCACUCGCCACUCUUCCCUGGGGAGAGUGACAUCGAGCAGCUGUGCUGUGUGCAGCGCCUGCGUGGCUCCCCUGACCCCAACGCCUGGCCGGAGCUGACAUCGCUUCCUGACUACAACAAGAUCUCAUUCCAGCCAAUGGUGCCAGUGCCCCUGGAGGAGCUGGUGCCUGACGCGCCCCCACCAGCCCGCACCCUCCUUGAUGCCCUGCUGCAGUACCCACCCCAGCGCCGCCUGCCUGCCCACCAGGCUCCCCCAUGGAGUUCGCCACGCUGGAGGCGCCUGAGGGGUCCCCCUCAUUCCUGGAAGCACCGGCCCUGCCCCCCACUGAGGAGGCUGCCCCCUUCCUGUCCACCCCUGAGGCCCCUGACCCUGGUGCCCUGGCAUCCCUCUUCUCCCGGACACCUGAGUCCUUCCGCCACUCACCAGGUGGUGAGCAAGCGAGCAGGGACCCAGUGCAGCAACUGCCAGACCACGACCACAACACUGUGGCGCCGCGACCCCCGCGGGCAGCCCGUCUGCAACGCUUGCGGCCUGUACUACAAGCUCCACAAUGUGAACCGGCCACUGACCAUGCGCAAGGAUGGGAUCCAGACACGGAACCGCAAAGUCUCAGCCAAGGGCAAGAAGCGCCGCAGUGGAGAGCCAGGUGUCCGGGCCCUGCCUGGCCCUGAGGGCCCUGCCCCGCUGGAGCUACUGACCCCGUCCCCCCUAGGAGCCGAGGACCCUAGUGCUCUCUAUGCCCUGGGGCCUGUGGUCCACCUGCUGCCCUUCUCCCCCACCCCACACCUGCUGGGCCCCACCGCCUACCCCACCCCUGGCUCCUCCCUGGCCUGAGGGUCAGGGAUGUGAUCUGGCCCUAUCCCACAUCCACUAGGUCCAGCCCCCAGCCCAGCCCUACCUCUUUGGCCUGAGAGGUGGAGUCACAGCCUGGACCCAGCACCUCUCCCUAACCUGCCCCCAGGACUGAGUGGUGCAGCUACAUUCUGACUAUGACCCCCACCUGCUGGACCCCACCCACUGACCCUGAGGGGGUAGAGGCCAUGGGUAAAGCCCCACCCCUGGGUUUGAAGGAUUGAGCCAUAUCCUGCCCCAAUGCCACCUGCCGGACCACCUCUAAAGGUACAUUCCCCAGCCUGAGGGGGUGGAGUCACUGCUUUGGCCUGCUCCCUGGCUCCACCCCCAGGCUCUUGCCUAGUCCCGCCCCCACCGAGGGGAGGGGCUCUUGAUGGGUGAGACCCUUGGGGGAAGCAGGUGCCGAGAGUCAGGGGUUUUAGGGGUCAUGGGGCUCCAGGUCCCCCCCCACCCCAGCCCCCCCAAUAAAGAGUCUGUCUCUUUAA